ACAACAUAACCCAACAAUAACAAAAAUAAAUAAAAAGAAUUGAGAAAAUCUGUUCCUACUAGGCGACGAAUGCUUUUUAUCAACUGGAUAACACCAAAAACAAAUAUAUCUGAAAAUUAUGUCGCUCGAUUUGAAAUUGAGAUGCUUGUCUAAACUUUUCAUUCGUAGUUUUUGCAUAUCUCCUAUACCCAAACCCUUAAAGAGUGUCAAAUUAAGAUCAAACAAAUCAUAUACCAAAUCUUUCGUAGAUGUAAAAAAUGUCAAAGCAAUUGGUGGAAAAGGGGGCGAUGGUUGCAUAUCUUUCCUUCAUUUAUGGUGCAACGAAAUGGCAGGUCCUGAUGGAGGUGAUGGUGGGCACGGUGCUCAUGUGAUGUUCAAAGCCUCUCAUAAUGUUAAAGAUUUGAGGAAUAUAUUAACUCAAAUUCGAGGGUCUGAUGGUGUUAAUGGAAGGAAUAAAGAUUGCCAUGGAAAGAAUGCGGAUCAUGAAAUUAUUGAAGUCCCAGUUGGUACUAUUAUAAGAAAUAACAAAGGAGUAAUUGUAGGGGAUUUGUCACGAGAAGACUUGAUGUUUGUGGCUGCUAGGGGUGGUGCAGGUGGAAAAGGAAAUCAUUUCUUUCUUAGCGAAACUAAUCAGGCUCCUAAAAUAUGUCAACGCGGAGCUGUAGGGGAACAUAUUGAGUAUGUCUUGGAGGUUAAAAGUAUGGCACACAUAGGACUAAUUGGUUUUCCAAAUGCCGGAAAAAGUACAUUAUUGAGAGCAAUAUCAAGAGCAAGCCCAAAAAUAGCACCCUACCCAUUUACAACUUUGAAACCACAGCUGGGAACAGUUGAAUAUGAUGAUUAUGAGCAAAUUACUGUUGCUGAUUUGCCUGGUCUUAUACCUGACUCGCAUAAGAAUAAAGGCUUAGGUAUUCAAUUUUUGAAACAUGCAGAAAGGUGUUUGGCUCUUAUUUUCGUAGUUGAUAUUUCAUUACCCAAACCUUGGAAAACUAUAUCAACUUUACAAUUUGAAUUAUCACAGUUCAGUGAGGACCUGGCAAAAAGACCGAAGAUUAUUAUUGCAAACAAAGUAGAUAUACUUGAAAAUAAAGAAAACAUAGAUAUUUUGAGACAAGAAACAGAAAUGAAAGUGAUACCUUUGAGUGCAAAAUUAGGAACUAAUGUUAGAGAAUUUUUAUCAGAAAUAAGAAAAAUUUAUGAUGAAAAUAAAGAAAUUGAAGAAUAACAAUUACUUGAUUCCACCAAAAUAAAGUUCAGAAUAACUGAAGUCAAAACAUUAUUUUUUGCUAAUUUUACAAUUCACAAAAUCCAAGAAAGGUAAUUGUACCUUCGGAACAAAACAAAUAAUCCAAUGGUGACGCAAUUAGAACAGGUGUGCCCCAGGGGAGUGUGUUGGGCCCUCAAUUAUUCUAUAAAAAAUUCUUUCCAGUCUUCGAAUUUAAUUUUGUGGAUGACUGAUUUUUCAGUUUCAGUUGUUGUUCUAAAAGCGAAUUUAUUGUCGACUCUCUUAAAAAUAUUUGAAGAUUGAGAAGUGUGUACUUCACCUUUCAAGUAUAGUAUCGAAUCCAAGUAUUUAAUAUGUAAAUAAUUAUUUUUUUGAUAUAGAAUUUUCUAUAUAUGGAAAUUUUGUUGUUUAUAAAAAAAGACACUUUGAUUGUAAAAAAUUGUAUUUAAAUAUUAACAAUUUUCUAAAAUGACAGAAGUAAAAUGCAUUCCAUAAUAUAGGAAGUUUGGAAACAUAAAAAUGCACCAGUUAAAAAUCAUGUUUCAUUUUUUCAUGACUCUAGAACAAUAAAUUAUAAAUCAUUAAGACACUGGGCUUUCAGACAACGUAAAA